UAUAUGUUUAUUAACUUUUAUUGCUGUUCAUUAAUGGAUAAAAAUUAUUUAUUGGUGCAUCGUCAUAACCAAAUCAAUAGCAAUGAGAGGUCUAAUAAUAUUCAUAUUGAUUGUCUGCUUGAGCUGUGGAGUUGACACCAGCCAGAACUGGAAGGAUAAGUCUGUACAUGAUUUGCAAAAAUGAUUGAAGACGGGAGAACUCUGAACGGAAAUAAAACAACUGGAUCAAAUAAAUUUCGAGGUGAUUUUGCUACCCCUAAUAAAACCCACAUAUUAAAUGGCUCAAGCAGUGUGGGAAUGGAGCACCUAGAGUUACACUUUAACAUAACAAAUGUGUUUGAAGACAACUCUGACAAUCGUCCCUUCUUGACUCACCACUAUGUGGAGUAUGAGGGAGAGGAGUUGGGGGAAUUUGAAAAUUCAAAUAUCACUGACAAUGUGGCAGCUUCUAUUAAUGUGGGAAUUGAGGAGGACACUCCUGGAAAAAAUAUAUUAAAAAAAAAGUCAUAUAGUAAGAAAGCCAGUGAUAAAGCCCUUAACGCUCCUGUUUAUUUAGUAUUUGCAUAAAUAUCAAUGUUGUGAAUUUAAAAUAAAUUAUCUUC